AUGGCGCCCCUUUUAAUGACAGGGGUCGGCCUGGUCACGGGAGCAGCGUCUGGGAUCGGGCGAGCAUGUGCCAAAAUCCUGGUCGAGGAAGGAUGCACGAGGCUCGUGCUGUCGGAUUUGCCUGGAGGUGGCCUGCAGGAGGUCUCGGACGAGCUCAAGAGCAUCGAACCUUCGGUGGAGACAGUUCUAUUCGUCGGUGACAUGAGCAAAGAGGUCGACGUCAACCAGAUGGUCGAGGCGGGCGUGGCGAGGUUUGGCGCGAUUCACUAUUGCAUCAACAGUGCCGGCGUGACGAGUCGGCCCAGACUACGGACGCACGAACUUCAGACGGAGGCAUUCGAUCGAGUGGUCAACAUCAACCUCCGAGGCUUGUGGCUUUGCGAACGGGCGCAGAUCCGCCAGUUCCUGAAGCAAGAGCCAACGCUUCAACCUCGCCAUCAUGCCGCCGGAAUAGCGACGCAGCGAGGGGCCAUUGUCAACAUCAGCAGUAUUUUCGGGAUCACCGCGCACGCAACGGCCGGGGCCUAUCCCGCCUCGAAAUCCGGAGUGUUGGGACUGACGAGGACGGAUGCGGUGGCGUACGCGACCGACGGGAUCAGAGUCAACGCCAUCUGUCCGGGCUUUAUCAACACCCCGCUGGUGGAAAAGGCAAAAGAAGCGGGCGCAGACUACAACAAGCUUGUCAGCCUGAUCCCGUUCAGACGAAUGGGUACUGCUGAAGAGGUGGCUGAAGCCGCAGUGUGGCUGGCAAGUGAGCGAGCAAGUUAUGUGAGCGGCGUCGAGCUGCCUGUGGAUGGUGCUUGGGUCAGAGCGUGCAAUACAUGA